UCCAGAGGUGCUUCAGGUCCUACUACAGAUGAAAAACCGAGAGCUGAUCAUAGAGCUGGAGAGAAAUGAGUUCGCACAGCUUGUGGAAGAGGCUUUGCUGAGACCACCGUGGACAGACACGGAGCCUCGCCUUGCAGACUGCUGUGUUUGCAGGAUCUCGGCGAGGGAAAACAAGCCUCCAGCCCCACGCCCCAGGCCAGGCCAGCACUGCUGACAUUGUGCUUCAUUUCCCGUCAUUUUGCCUUGAUUUUGGAAGCCUUUGGGGAAUUUCAAUGGAAAAUGAGCAAGACCAUUUAGUGUUUACUGCUGACCCAGAAAGACAACUUCAUUCCCUCCUUGUAGAAAAGUCUUGGGAGUCAAAGCUUGAUUUUACAAAAUAGGGGUCUCAUCGCCAGCGGGUUCACGGAGACCCAUUAUCUGCAAGAUGGCACCGACGUCUCCUUCACUCGAAAUUACACGGGUCACUGCUACUACCACGGACAUGUGCGAGGAUAUGCUGGUUCGGUGGUCAGCCUCAGCACUUGCUCUGGCCUCAGGGGACUUAUUAUGUUUGAAAAUAAAGCAUACAUUUUAGAACCAAUGGAAAAUGCCACUGACAGACACAGGGUCUUCUCAGCUGAGAAGCUCAGGAGCUUCUGGGGGUCAUGUGGAUCUCAUCACAACUCAUCCAGCCUCACCAUGGGACAUGCAUCACCUGCCACCUCUCAGAUGCAGGCAAGAAGGCACAAAAGAGAGACCCUCAAGAUGACCAAGUACGUGGAGCUGGUUAUUGUCGCAGACAACCGAGAGUUUCAGAGGCAAGGAAAAGAUCUGGAAAAGGUCAAGCAACGAUUGAUAGAGAUUGCUAAUCACGUGGACAAGUUUUACAGACCACUGAACAUCCGGAUUGUGCUGGUGGGCGUUGAGGUAUGGAAUGAUGUUGACAAAUGCUCCAUAAGUCAAGACCCAUUCACCAGUCUCCAUGAAUUUCUGGACUGGAGGAAGAUGAAGCUUCUGCCUCGCAAAUCCCAUGACAACGCGCAGCUGAUCAGUGGGGUUUAUUUCCAAGGGACCACCAUUGGCAUGGCCCCCAUCAUGAGCAUGUGCACCGCAGAGCAGUCUGGAGGCGUUGUUAUGGACCAUUCAGACAGUCCCCUUGGGGCCGCCGUGACCCUGGCACAUGAGCUGGGCCACAAUUUCGGGAUGAACCAUGACACCCUGGAGAGGGGCUGUAGCUGCAAGACGGCUGCCGACAAAGGAGGCUGCAUCAUGAAUCCUUCCACCGGGUACCCGUUCCCCAGGGUGUUCAGCAGCUGCAGCAGGAAGGACUUGGAGAGCAGCCUCAAGAAGGGGGUGGGGAUGUGCCUCUUCAACCUGCCAGAGGCCAGGCAGGCCUUCGGGGGCCGGAAGUGCGGGAACGGCUACGUGGAGGAGGGAGAAGAGUGUGACUGCGGCGAGCCAGAGGAAUGUACCAAUCGCUGCUGUAACGCCACCACGUGUACCCUGAAGCCGGACGCUGUGUGUGCGCACGGGCUGUGCUGUGAAGACUGUCAGCUGAAGCCUGCAGGAACUGCGUGCAGGGGCUCCAGCAACUCCUGCGACCUCCCGGAGUUCUGCACGGGCACAGGCCCACACUGCCCAGCCAACGUGUACCUCCACGACGGCCACGCCUGCGAGGGAAUGGACGGCUACUGCUACAACGGCAUCUGCCAGACCCACGAGCAGCAGUGCGUCACACUCUGGGGACCAGGUGCUAAACCAGCCCCCGGGAUCUGCUUUGAGAGAGUCAACUCUGCCGGGGAUCCUUACGGCAACUGUGGCAAAGACUCGAAGAGCUCCUUCGCCAAAUGUGAGAUGAGAGAUGCUAAAUGUGGAAAAAUCCAGUGUCAAGGAGGUGCUAGCCGACCCGUCAUUGGUACCAAUGCCGUUUCCAUAGAGACAAACAUCCCACUGCAGGAAGGAGGUCGGAUUCUGUGCCGGGGGACCCAUGUGUACUUGGGCGAUGACAUGCCAGACCCAGGGCUUGUCCUUGCAGGAACAAAGUGUGCAGAUGGAAAAAUCUGCCUCGGCCGCCGAUGCCAGAAUGUCAGCGUCUUCGGAGUGCACGACUGUGCCACGCAGUGCCACGGCCGAGGGGUGUGCAACAAUCGGAAGAACUGCCACUGCGAAGCUCACUGGGCCCCCCCUUUCUGUGACAAGUCUGGCUUCGGAGGAAGCAUCGACAGCGGCCCCAUCCGGCAAGCAGAUAACCAAGGCUUGACCGUAGGAAUUCUGGUGAGCCUCUUGUGUCUGCUCGCAGCUGGGUUUGUGGUCUAUCUGAAGAGGAAGCCCCUGAUACGACUGCUAUUCACGCAUAAGAAAACCACCAUAGAGAAACUGAGGUGUGUGCGCCCUUCCCGGACCUCCAGAAGCUCCCGCCCCGGCCAGGCUCACCUGGCCCAGCUCGGAAAAGGCCUGCUGACCAGCAGAGCGGCACACUCCAGCACCCAUAAGGACAGGAGGCCACUGCAGUGUCCGAGCGUUGACAUCAGCAGACCCCUCAGUACCCGAGCCAUCCCUCAGCCCCAGUCACCUCAGCGGGUGCUCCCGCCGCUCCACCCGGCCCCACGGGCACCUAGCGGCCCUGCCAGACCCCUGCCUGCCAACCCUGCACUCAAGCAGGCCCAGGGACUCCGCAAGCCCAGUGCUCCUCAGAAACCUCUGCCUGCCGAUCCUCUGAGCAAGACCUCACGGCUCACCAGUGCCUUAGUGAAGACCCCAGGGCAGCAAGAGCCUGGGCUGCGCCCAGCACCCAUCAGACCUGCUCCGAAGUCCCUACACCAAGCGGCCAGAUCCACCCACACCACCCACGUCAAGUGAGAAGCCAGCCAACUUUUCCACAGUGAGGACACAAGUUUGCACUAGCUUUAAACUCCAGCUGGAGGGAUUUUUUUUUUUUUUUAGUGUACCAACUUUUAGCAUUUUUUUAAUGAUUAAGACACCGUUAUUUCCAGAACUCUGAGCUACUGCAGUUGGUGCUGCACUGGGCUCUGGUGCUCUGUCUACUUGCUCAGGUACUUGUAAGUUAUUAAUUUAUGCAGAGUGUGUCACAGCGCAGUGCGCCGUAGGAGGCAUUUCACCAUCUCUGGGUUUUCCGGGAAGGAAGGCUCGCUGUGCUUUUAUUAUUCCAGUGAACUUGAACUGUCCCGCUUGUUGGGAUUCUGGACAAGCCGUUUACUUUCUGAUCAAGGCCUUUUGGUAAAGCAGCUCUACAUCAACCUAUGGCUGAGGUCAGGGUGCCAGACCCAGCUCAGGAGAGCCCAGCUACAACCUGCAGUGAGUGUUUUGGAAUCCCUGCCUUGGGCCAUAGCCAAGGGCUCACUGGUCCAGGUUGUGCGAACUGUUUUCAGGGAGGCCCCGGGGCCCCACAUGCUGACAGCGGCCUCCCUCAGCAGCUGUACCUUGAAGCUCCCAGACAACAGGAAGGAUCUGGCUGAUUGCCAGAAGCCUCAGAGAGAACCUGGGGUACAGACAGGAAUUCUGAAAUGUGGCCACACCAGGUGGAGACUGGAACCCUCGGUCAAGCAGACAUUUCACCUUGAGCUGACCAGCCUUGGGCACGUUUGGAGAGUGAAGAAAUUUGUUUUAUUGCUCAAGGCUUGUGCUGCACAGAAGUGUGAAGUGUCUCCUCUGGCCACCCCAUGAGAGUGCUGGCAUCCACACGAUGUUUACACUGGGGAUGGUGGUGUUUCAAGAAGCCACUGCCCAGGCACUGCAAACCUCUGUCCUCCUGUGCUCUUUAGAGCUAAGCAAAUUACCACAUUGUCUUCUCAACUGUAGAACAAUGACCUUGUUCAGACAGAUAGACGAGGCUUUCUAUGAGACCAUAAUGAUUUUCAGAUGUGAACUAGUAACCAGAUCUAGUCGAUCAACUCCGUAGAUAAAAAAUGCCUUUUACUGCAAGGUUCAACUUAUUAAAAAUUAGGCACAAUCCCUGUGCUUGCAAACGCUGUAACCAAAUGGAAUGCUGUCCUCAUUGGUACAGCUAAUGUCUGCUCUCCUUACUAGAGUACACUGGACAGAGUUACCAUUUAGUUCUCUUUAGGGCACCCUACAUUCUCAGCUAGACUGCAGGAAGGAGUCCUUAAGGAUGUUUUAGGGAUAGAAUCCAAGUCUUUAAUAUUCCUGCAACCUAUCCACUGAAUGUCACAGUUUCCCAAUCCUAUCCAUUCAUGACAAGCAGCCUCAGAUGGGCAACCUUUCACCUUUUCUUCUCUAAUGUCGGGCUGAGGAACCAUUUCAAAAACAUUUAAGAUGCCUGAAUCUAAUGGCAUGAAAUAUAUGAAAACACUCAGAUCAAGCAGAAGGUCCUCGGGCCUCUUUCGCUCCCGGCAGGGCUGUGUGAACAGGACUCACUGUGAGUGUCUCAUCAUCCGACUUCUGGGCCACUUCAGCAGCUUCCCUGUGCCUUGAAGCAGAAAGAAAACUGUGCACCAAAAACCUUGGUUUGUUUUCCAGAAAGUAAAACUGCCUUUAAGUUUGGCCAUGAUCCCCAUGGUAUGUAGGCAACAUGGCAUUCCUGAGGACAGAUAAAGAAAUCCGUGCCACAAGCACACACAAAUGGGAACCCAGCUUGAGCACACGCCAUCUCCUGUAGCAUGCAUCUCUUUAUUACACCGUUAUUUCUUAAAAGUG